UGAAAUUUUGGAUUAUAUAAAACUUGAACCCAAUCGCUCCAUAAACAUACAACAGUAAGUUCUGAUUCUUCUCCCUAACUAACUAAUUAAUCUGAAAGUCUUUCCUUCAAGAUGGAUGCAUCAAAUGGAUCCCAAGAUACUGAGCAAACCCUUGAUUCACAAGUCAAAGCGUUCUUUGAUUCUGCUCCACCUCUCCAGAAUAGAAAUGACAUCACUCAGAAAUUGAAUCACUUCAUUCAGCUGAAUUCUUUAUCUUCAGAAAAUGGGAUAGGUAAGAGAAUUGUUUGUGUGACUUCUGGUGGCACCACUGCUCCAUUGGAGCAGCGGUGCGUUCGCUAUGUUGACAACUUUAGUUCAGGUCAUAGGGGAGCCACAUCCACUGAGUAUUUUCUGAAGGCGGGAUAUGCUGUGAUCUUCUUGUACCGGAGAGGAAGUUUUCAGCCAUUCUGUAGAUCCCUUCCUGAUGAUCCCUUACUUGAAUGCUUUGAGGCGACCGAAGGAUUAAACAUUCAAGGUCUUUGGUUUCUGCUUCAUCCUCUUCUUAUGCUGCAAAUAAUUUCAAAGCCAAUGAAGGAUAUUGGCCCACGUGCAAUGUUCUAUCUUGCUGCUGCAGUAUCUGACUUUUAUGUUCCUUGGAAGGACAUGGUAGAACAUAAAAUUCAAUCUGGAUCUCACAUCUUGGAUGUGAAACUUGUUCCUGUGCCAAAGAUGCUAUCAGUGCUUAGGAAAGAUUGGGCACCCCUUGCUUUUUGCAUAUCUUUCAAGUUAGAGACAGAUUCAAACAUUCUUCUAAAUAAGGCGCGGGGUGCUCUCGAGAAGUACAAUAUGCAUGCUGUUGUUGCGAAUGAGCUCUCCACGCGCAAGGAGCAAGUGGUGGUUGUCACUAUUGACGACAAAAUUACAGUUCAACGAGAUAAGAGCAAGGCUGAUGAUGAUGUAGAGAAUCCCCUCAUUAAGCUUCUUUCUCAGAGACAUUCAGCUUACAUUGAGGACUCGAAGAGAAUGAGGUGAAUCACUUUUUGAGUCUGAUCUUUUCGACUUCUUCUCCAUGUUGCAAUUCCAUGGCAAGACAACUCUCGUUGUAUGUAAUAAAACCAUGAAUAAAUGAAAAGAAGGAUUACACAAUAUAGAUAAAGGGUGUUAAAAAGGAGAUAGUUUCAAUAGGAGAAAUAAGAAGUUUAAAUUUUAAUGUAGUGUGUAUCAAGGUUACAAAUUUUAAUGUGUUUUGGAUAUGCAAUUAUGCAUACUGGGACCAAAUAACGCAUUAACCAUAUUGGAUUUAGCUUGUUUAAAGUA